UUUCCCUCCUGUUUCUUCGGUCAUUGAUUUGUAGACUCGACAUGGGUGACCAAUCUUCUGUCAACGGCACCUUGCUGAGUCAGCUGAAUGGCAUCGUGCAACGCUUGGGCCCUGUUCCAGAUGCAGCUCAACGCUUGGCCCUGGAGGUUGCCGGGGAGCGCUUCGUGCUGAGAGACAGCGGUGCUGGCACCUUGGUUGUUCGCCAGCCAGAGGGGGAAGACAGCGAUUGCACAGUGGUGGUGCGUUCUGCCGCAGAUUGCUGGGCUCUUGCGCAUGGCCAGAUCUCCCCUCAGCAAGCUUUUGCUCAAGGCCAUCUCUCCCUGCGAGGAAGCUUAUCAGCACUUAUGCAAGUGCGACCUUUCCUGGCAGAGAUGCGCCAGAAGCUGCCGGUGCCUGAGCUUCCAGGUGUGCCUUGGCUUCCGGACUCUGCUUCAAAUUCCUGCAUGGCAUGUGACGCUGUCUUCACGAUGAUGAGGCGCCGGCAUCAUUGCAGAAGCUGUGGCCAGCUUUUCUGUGAUCGAUGCAGUCCAUAUCGCUCAGGCCUUGAUGCACGACAGUGUGACAAGUGCCGCGCGACGGGCUUGCAGAGCCGAUCGCUGCGCGAGGAUGUUUCGGCGUCAGUGCGGUUGCUCGAGCAGCGUUUGGAAGAGGUGGAGGCUGCAGCUGCACAGCGCGAAGCCGAAGAACUACUGGGCACUGCAAAUGCAUUCCUUUGUCUCUUAGCAGCCGCGUCCGGGCUGCUUUUGGCAGCUGGCGGUUGGCGGCAGACCCUCGCGGCAAAUGCAAUCCUGGUUGUGGUGACGAGAAUGUGUUUCUUCCGCCAAUUGCGAGCCUUGUGGCUAUGUGUGUUGGUCCUGUGGAAGUACAUGCAGAGCACUUGGGAGGCAAAACGGCUUUGCGAAGAAGAUGCCAAACGAUUCCUCAGCGCCCGAUACAGGGUGUUAGCAUUCCUCGGUGCUCGGGGCUUGCGACAGCUUGGAGGUGUUUGGCCAAAGGUAGGGCAGUACAUGAGCACGCAAGGUGACAAGUGGCCAGACGAAGUUUUGGCAGAACUCCGAAAGCUGCGGGAUGCCAUGCCAGCGGCACCUUUUCACACUACAAAGAGGACAAUCGAGGAAGACCUGGGCAAAUCGGUGGAGGAAUUGUUCCAGCACUUCGAGGAGCAGCCCAUUGCCAGUGCAUCGAUAGGUCAGGUGCACAAGGCCACCUUGCGGGAUGGGCGGCUUGUGGCAGUGAAGGUGCAACACAGACACGCUGCAAGGCAGAUUCCUAUAGAUGUCGCCUACAUGCGGCUACUCGCCAGAUUUGCUUGGGUGCUAACUCUGGGAGAAGUAGAUUUGAUGCCUGUCGUCACAGAGUGGCUAGGGGCAGUCCUCGAAGAGCUAGACUUUCAAAAUGAAGCCAAAAACCAGAUACGUGGUCGAACAGAGCUGCUGGAAGCAAAUGUGGACAUGGUGGUGCCAGAAGUCUUCCUAUCACUCUGUGGACGUCGGGUGUUGGUGAUGGAAUUUGUGGAAGGUCAUCAAGUCGCCGCAGGGGAUGCAUCCCUGACUCCUGACGAGCGGUUGGAGGUCAUGACUUCACUGGUCAAGGCCUAUGCGCACGGCUUAUUUGUGUCUGGUCACUUUAAUGGCGAUCCUCAUGCAGGCAAUCUUUUGGUCACACGUCGGCACGGCAAGGCAAAAUGCGUUUUGCUGGACUGGGGGCUAACAAAGCAGCUGAGUGAUCAACGGCGCUUGGCGGCUUGCAAGCUGAUUGUUUCGGUGGGCAUGAAGGACACCAACGGGAUUGUGGAAGCAUUCAGGGAGAUGGGCAUGAACUUUUCUGCCAACGCUGACCCGGAACCAGAACUACUGUUGGCAAUUCUGCGGCAGAUCAGCCUGAUUGAGAACAAACAGGAGUCCCGCAGGAUGCAAGCCAAAUUUGGGGAGACCAUGCAGAAAGCCAUGUCGCACAAGAUGGAGCUCCACACCAAGGUUGACAGCUACACCGGGGAUUUCUUCUUUAUUUUCAGAGUUGCCUCUUUGAUCAAGGGGUUGGCAACAGUGCUUGACAUCAAAGCACAGUUCCUUGAGAUUUUCAUUUCGGUGAGCCGCGGGGUCUUGGCUGGGCGCCGCCCGCAGCGACAACAAAGCCUAGCGCCGAGUGGGCAGCGGAUUUGGCGUGUGGCAGCGGAGGCGUUGCAGAGAGGCGCUGUAGGCAUACAAGUGGCAAAAGUUGAUGCAAAUGGCCAGCUGCAGCUGUCUUUGUCCUUGGGUUGUGUCUCCUACACUUCCUGGCAGCCGCUGCAUGAGAGCGACCCCUUCCCGCUUGGCUGCACAGUGCUUGGAGCACCUCUUUUCGCCACUGCUGUGGCUGCAGAAUUGCGCAAACGAGGUAUUGCGCUGAAUGCACCUGCAAAAACCUUUCUUUGGUCAAAGUACUCGGGGCCACUUACAGUUGGUGACAUCCUGCGCGGCACAAAACUGAUUUGCAAAGCCCCGCCACAAGCUACCUCGAGAAUGCUGGCAGACCUUCCAGCUUUGAUGAAAUGGCUUGAGUCUGCUCCAGCUGCUGAUGGUACGGCACCAGCCUGGUGGCCUUCAGCAGAGAGAGAAGCGGCAUGCGCAUGGCUCCUCAAGGGCGGAAGGCAAAGCCCCAGCAGUGUCAUGAAGGAUUUGUUUUCCGAGGUGCGCCGGCCUAUGUUCAGAGCAUGCAUGUCGCCCAUACAGAUCUCAAAGCCAAUUAUGAGCGUGGAGAGUGCUGAAGUCGAGGCCGCCCAGGACUCCCUGGUUGCGUCUUUGGGAGCAGAUGAAAUGCGUGCCAUGCAUUUGACAGAUGUGUGCCUGGCCAACCACCCUGCCCUGCGAGAUUCGGAGCGCUCGUUUGGUCAGGCAGCCUCUGCAGCAUCGGCUGCAGCAGCAGCGCUUCAUGUGAAAGAUGAGCUCUGGGACAAAGCCACUCUAAGCAAUCAGCUGAGCUGCGCCAAGCGAAGCCGUCAAGGGGAGUUGGCGGUGGUCUUCCUCACCUGUGCGGAUGCUGACUUGGCACUGCAGCUUGCGGAGUUGGCGCUGGAGACAUGAGUCACAUUGAGGCAAGCCCUGAGUGCUAGGUGAUGUUGAGAGUCGAAGUGCCGCUCUUGCAAUGUCUUUCAGUGCCAGGUCCAAUUUUCAUUCUCAAUUUCGGCCUGUGAGUAGUGGCCCAAGCUUUGAUCAGGUGACAGCCACCCCGUGUUUCCAAGGAUCACGGCGAUCUUGUCCAGAAUGACCCGCCAGUUUCUCAAGGGCACUUUGGGAUUGCGCACCUUUGGAUGGACCUCCAUCGGGGUUGCAUCCUGCGUAAGUUGAAUGCCCACCAAUUGCUUUGCUUUGGCCAACAGCGCCGACGUGAGUGGUUGGUGGACGAGUGUCGGACUUGAAGUCCAAUUGCAUCUCUCUGGAUUGAGCCGG